GUGAAUCAUAAGUAUGUGCUCUGAGAUUCAUGCUGUUCUACACUACUAGAGGAUUAGCAGCCCUGCAGAGACACUUAAUCAUGUACCAUAUCUCAUCAAUACAAAAUCAUGAACUUUUUUGGCUUUUCAAUAGUAAUUGCAUACUUGUAUUGUUCAGUAACAAACUGAAUCAUUAAUCAAACAGUUUGACUCUUAUUGGAAAAAAGAAAGAAACCAGCUCCACAGCAACAAAGAGACGGUCACGUGUGGCACCCUGAGCUCUUGCCAUCAAGCCAGAGCAUUAAAACCAACCGAGACAAAUCUCUCAAGUAUCUGAUGCAAUCUUGACGAAAACCAGACUAACACAUUGGUAACAUCUUUUUUCGUUAAGAAGCACAUUCGUGAGCGAAAGAAUCUCGAGCAAAAAAAUUGAAUCUUGGGUGAGCAUCGAUAUAAGGCGAGCUCCACGUGAAAGGCAGCUUAAUCAUUGAUGAUAAUGGACUUGUGCUUAUCGGCUUGUAGUAAUCCCUGUCAUGAUGAACAAGCUAGCUGGCUUCCGUAGCACCCACGUCUAACAAGUGAUAUCCCUACAAGAAAAGGCUGUAUGCUUGUUGCUGUGAUCACGCAGAGCAUCGUGUUAACCUAAUUGGCCUGUCAAUUGGGAUUGUUUGUGUGAAAAACAUAUGAGUGACACGAUAUAAACCUAUUUAACGAGGACAACCCGCCCACAAGACUACCUUAUUUAUAAAUGUGCAAGGACUAGACAAGACCAACUCCACUAUCAUGAUGCUAAUUCACAAAUUAAGUCUUGCUCUGACUCUGAUUUUGAUAGUUUACGUCUCGGCUGUGCCGGUUCUGAUUGACGAUACUCAAAAGGACAGUAAAAAGAAAGGUCGUCUUCCACUAUCAGUUCUUACUCUACAACGCACUAGAACUCGACCCAAAGAACCAUGGGAAAUCAACGAAAAUCUUGUUCUUUUAAGGAGAGUCAACUCUGCUGUAAAAGGGAGAUUGUUUGACGGUAAUCCCUUCUUCCAAGGUGAUAUUGUACUGGAUCACAGAACAAGGCAAGUUCUUCAUAAGAAUCCUUCACGGCAAAGAAGGGCAGUCAAGCGAUUGACAAAGUUUCGUUGGCCAGGCGGAGUAAUACCGUAUGUUAUCAGUAAGUCUAUAGCACACAAAACAAAAAAAGAGAUCAAGAAAGGCAUACGRCACUGGAGGCGUAAGACGUGUCUUCAUUUUCGUCAUAAAAGACCUAACGAUACUGACUACAUUAAGUUUGUCAACGAGCCAGGAUGCUGGUCUUACGUUGGCAGGGCUGGUGGCGAGCAAAAGAUAUCAAUAGGUCCUGGCUGUGAAUUUGUGGGCACUGUCAUCCAUGAAAUUGGCCAUGCAGUAGGAUUCUGGCAUGAGCAAAGUCGUCGAGAUCGAGAUGAUUACAUCAGAAUAAUACGAGAAAACAUUCAAGAUAACGCACUUGCUCAGUUUGAUAAGAUGCCCAAAAAGUGGAUGAAUUCCAUGGGGUACGCAUACGAUUUUAACUCAAUAAUGCAUUACGGACCAAAGUUUUACAGUAAAAAUGGUAAAUUAACCAUCAAAGUUCGAAAAGUAGGCAGGCGAAUUGGUGCCAAAAUUGGACAAAGACGUGGUCUGUCUUGGAUUGACAUUGCUCAAGUGCAUGCUAUGUAUAACUGCAAUGUCAUUCCUUCAUCGGAAUCAGUGAAUUGUUUCAACAGCUCAAGUGGCGAUGGACGCGAUUACCGAGGCAAAUUGAACUACACUGCRAAGGGUGUGAUGUGCCAGCCCUGGAACCAGCAGUGGCCGCACAGACAUAACGAGAUGCAAAAUCCUAAUCGUGCAGAGAGGAAAUACGGCCUGGGCGAUCACAAUUAYUGCCGCAAUCCACGAGGACGGCGGUCUCGCCCGUGGUGCUUCACCACGCUAAAACGUCAAGAAUGGCAGUACUGUGACAUCACUAUCUGUCGAAGUGCAAAGAGUAAACGGGGAACCUAAUUUAUACGGUGCUCAGCUAAUGAUCUUCAAAAGCUCCCCACCACUCCUAAUAACCGUUGGUAUCCAUGGUGACAACUAUGACGUCAACACGAUAUUCACCUGCGGUGGAUUAACUAAUUUGCAUAUGGUUGUUAACCUUUUACUUUGAUACCUUGUGGAGAUAUAAGCAAUACUUGGACAAAAUAUAUACCACCAAAGACGAAUUAGCAAACAAUAUUUGGAUGCUGCCAUUACUAACCAUAUUUGGACAUACUGUUAUUUGAAGAGAUAAUGCUCACAAAUGGCCUUGAGAAUUGCACGAAAAUACCCCAAACAGUUAUGGGGUAUUUAAACAAUAACGGUAGGGAGCAAAGAACAGCGUUGAGUCUGAAACAAAUACAGUUCCUAUGUACAUAAGGUCUAGUUAUAGCAUGAUUUAACUAGCUAAAARCCAAAAUGCGGCUAUCAUAUCACAUACAGAUAAUACUAAUGACAUUGAAUGGGAAAGUGAUAUACAUGUUCCAAGGUUUAUAGUUUAAUAUACAAGCAUUAGUUAAAAAGGUAGCAUACCCUAURUAACCUACAGGUGAUAUUAUGGUGGACGAUAUAAUAUGGCGCAUCACGUGACGUCACCAUGCCUGGUUGUAAGAUGGUUCCAUAUAACGCGUUAUUAUCCUUAUAAUAACACAUAAUUAUUAUCGAGUAGAGGAAUGAUUAUUUGAUAAUUUAUUCGAGAGUAAAAACACUUAAUAUAAUAGACACUGUAAAAUUUGAUUAACCAUUUUAUUUAUUUUACUUCUAUAUAAAUACAGUCCGUAAACACAUCAAGAUUACAGCCAAUGACAAACCUGAAACUGACCACGUGAUUUACAAUCAUGAUGCUUGCUUUAAUCUCGAUAAUACCCUAUCGCUAUUAUUUGAUGUGAGAGAAUAAUUUGAUUCCAUGGUUACCUGGAAAUUAUAUAUAUUAUACACUUCAAACAAUAUUGCAUAAACGCAGGUGGUCUAUUUUGAACAAGAUUGUUAGCUGUUACGGAGGCGAUSUAGAUGUACAAAUGUAAAAGAAAUAUAUUUAUAAUUUAAAGCCAUAUAUGGAAGAUAACUACCUUWUAUGGUAGGACUUCAGUCAUCUUUUCAGCGUUAACGACCACUUAGGUCGUGUAUAAAAUAAUAUUUAUCGACUUAAUUAAACCAUCAAGUUGCUUCUAUAGUAACGAAAAUUGUCAAAUAAACUGUUUAGCUGACACCGUGUUGUGCUGAUACUGUGAACAAUAGGAUGAUAUAAUGGUGGGCCUUGGCGUCCCGUUUUGACUUCGAUAAUCUGGCACAAAGACAUAGUGGAACAAUAAAAGUAUCGAUACGA